UCGUCAAUAUUUUGUUAAAAGUCAUAGAUUUUAAUUAUCUCAUCAAAUCUAAGAUUUUAAGAACGAAAAACUUACUUAAAUCCAAAAAUAUACCUAUUCAACUUGCAAAUUUUUCAUUCUUAUCCCGGUACUCUAAAGCAUUACGACAAAUCCAUAUAAAUGACUUCUGACAUAUCCGUGUAAAAGACUUCUUUCUAGCUAAAAUAUCUAUUAGACCACAUCAAGUACUAGUCGAUGAUGGUUAGUAUCUUCUAAUACAUAUGGACCAAACACAGACUUUUCAACUGUGGAAAUGUUUCCUCGAUUCUUCUAUAUUUUCUUUUUCUUUUUUCCCUAAAUUAAUUUCGUGUGUCUUUCAAUAUUAUAUAUAUUCUCACUAAAACACACAUAUACCUUCCAAAUUUCUCAUUGAUGAAAAAAUAAUUAACACUUUCCAUAUCGAUCUCUCUGGGAAAUAUAAAAAACGCUCGAUCUCUUUUGAUACGAGAUUACGGCAAAGUGAUCAUUAAUAAAGAAGAAAGAAGAAAAUGGUAGUGACUACUAUGCUGAACUACUACUUGUUUGUUAUCAUAAUUAUUGGAUCGUUCGUAAUGGCAAGGUCGUCAACAGAACUAGCUAUACUUGCGAAACCUGGUUGUCCAGAAAAGUGUGGAGAUGUAACUAUUCCAUUCCCUUUCGGAAUUGGGUCAUCAUCAUCCAACAAUUGUUUUCUUAACAAAUGGUUCGAAAUCUCCUGCCGCAACUCUACUACGCCUUUCCUCGAUCAAACUCAACUACAGGUACUUAACAUUUCGUUAUAUGACAAACGGGUUCAGGUGAGAAGCCCCAUCAGUUUCUUCAACUGUGCAAAUAAGACAAGCAAAAAAUCAGCAAAUUUAACAGGAAGCCCCUUCUACUAUUCUUCUGAGAAUGACUUCGUUGCAGUUAGUUGUGGUCUUGUUGCCAAGUACCAAAUAAGGAGUGGUAUCAGCCUCGUCCAGGAUGGGUGCACCAGCAGCAGUUCCACCUGCUCAUCAUCAUCCAAUAGUAGUAAUAAUGUUGAUUUUAGUAAUUGCCACGAUGGCGUUAAAUGUUGUCGUGCUUAUUUCGAAGGUGGUGACAGCUUCAAAAUCUCCAUGGAUAAUGAUUCUAGUACGACUCUUGCAACAAAUCGUGAUAACGAAUAUUGCAAAUAUGCAUUCCUGAUUGAUCGUUAUGAAAUUGAUAAAUACAAAACAUCCCAUGAUCCUUAUUAUGUUCCCGCCCUACUAAGUUGGUCCCUUAAUGUUACGUAUUUCGACAUAUUUAAAACUCAAGUUCUGCCAACCAGCAGCUUCUACUGCAAUGGCAAUGAUGGUCCUUUAAAUUCCUCUCUAGAUCGGAUAUCCAGCUGUUACUGCAAUUAUGGAUUUCGAGGGAGUGCGUACAUUCAGGACGGGUGUCAAGGUAAUCCUCAAUCCACCAUUAAUAUUUUUUAA